ACACUCCCUGCACCUGAAUUAUGCCUGGGGUCCAUGCUAUAUAAGAAACAUCUCAUCACCUUUCUCAAAUAGUGUCCGUUCCCUUGCCUGAGAGCUAAACAGCAAGAAUGAUGCUGUGGCUCUGCGUCUGUGCACUGGCUCUCGUCCUGCAGCCAGUUCACUCGGCCUAUAACUGCUCCACAGUGUUUAACAGGGUUCCAGACAACAAUGAUCUGGCGGUAGACUGUGGCACUAACAUGAUCACUUUGGAAGUAAACCUGUGCACUGCUGAGUGGGCAGGCUUUGACCCCGACGGCCUGGCCCUGAACGGGGAGCGUAAUGAUCCCCAGUGCAAGGGGACCAUUGAUACCACUGUCGACCCACCUGUCAUCCGCUAUCAUCUGCCAUUCAACCACAGCCAGGAGAACCCAUGUAGACAGUCUCUGCAGAUUGUGGAUGAGGUGCCCAGCUCCUCUGGUCCAUUCAGCAUGUUCUCCAGCGUUCAGUCCGUCAUUAUCACAGGAUACAUUGAUACGGCCAGCUCCUCAGAGAGCGUCAUCAGUUACUCCACAGACCUCUACUACCACUUCUCUUGCCGCUACCCACUGGAAUAUCUCAUCAACAACACUCAGAUUGUAGCGUCAUCAGUGUCAGUGGCCACUAGAGACAACAAUGGUACUUUCAUCGACACACUCAGCAUGGGAGUCUUCAAUAGCACAGAUUUUAACAGCCCAUUGGUGGUUCCACCUACUGGGUUAGAGCUGCGCAGUAAAGUCUAUGUUGAAGUAAAAGCUGCCAAUCUGACUGGAAAUUUCCAUCUCUUGCUGGACCACUGUUUUGCAACCCCAUCACCUUACAAUCAAACCAACAACAUACAGCACACCUUUUUCACAGGAUGUGUGGUACAGAACCGGACAGCGGUGCUUUAUAAUGGCCUCUCCAAGUUUUCCAGAUUUUCAUUUGAAGCUUUCCGCUUUGUGGAGCACCGUAAUCAAGAAAUGUCUACUAUAUACCUGCACUGCAUACUGCGACUCUGUGAACCGAACAGGUGUCAAGAACUACUUGAUUCUUGCAACAGAACACGAAGGCGAAGGGCCCUAGAACCUUACGGAUCGCCAGUUAAAGAUGCUGCCACAGUGUCUGUGGGUCCUCUAUACACAGCAGCCCUGGAGAAUGAGGUUCCCUCUGCAUUGGCCUCUGGAGGCAGAGAGCCGUUAAACAGGGACAAUAUGAAUGUGGCUGGAGUGGUGGUGGGGGUCAUUUUUGCCACCGGCGGUGCUGUGUUGCUGGUUAUGGCUGGAUGGUUUGUCAUGAAGAGGUUGUUCUGCCUCAAGCUUUCCACUAAGAGAUCCAUCAACUCGCCAUCUGUUUUGCGUUGAAUGAAGCUUAAUUUGAUAUGCUGAUAAGACGUCUGAUCACAUCACAUAAUGCCUAUUUAGCAUAUUUUAAUCUAUUUAGACAGCACUGUGCAGACUAGUCAUCAUGCACUUGGAAGAAAACUCAAAUGCUUAGUUCUCUUAUGUAAAUGCAAAUACUGCUGUUGAGUUUGUUUUGUAUGUUUUAGAUGUGUGUUAGCAGAAUGAUACAGUAAGAGGCACAGCUGAAUUACUGAGAGGAACAAACUGUGCAUAAAAUCCUUUUGUAAUAUUUUGAUUACACAUUGCUUCUUCUACACGUUAGCUCAGGGGUUUUCAAACUAUUUGAUGCCAGGACCCUGAUUGAAAGACCCUCUUCUUGAAAUUUAAAGGCAGCUAUAUUUUACCAUUUAUAUUGUGAGAAAUAUUAAGUUUGAUAUUAUAAAGAUGUUGUUUUCUAAAUUAAAUCAUUGGUUUUUAGUUUGACUGUAUCAUAAAAAGGACAAGUACAAGUUUUCUACUGACUAUUAGAGAUGCAUUUAGAGUAAUAAAAAAAAAUAGUAUUUGUAAUUAAAUUCAGAUUCAUUUGUAAAGAGCUUAUAUAUAUUUUGUGUUAAAAAUGAUUGAUAAACAAGUUAACUUUGACAGCCCUAAAAAAGUAUUUAAAAAGGUUUUCUUUUAUAGUUUGAAGUAGUUUAUAACAUAGUUUUCUUUGUGUAUAAUUUUUUUCUCAUUUUCUACAGAGCCCAGUUUGAA